UCAAAGUUAUGUUAUUUUUUUACGUUUGUACUAACAUAACCUAUUUUAUUGAGAAUUAUUAAUUUUAUAGCAUUUAGAAAUAUAAAAAUGAGCAUCAUUUCAAAUGAAUAUAUAAAUUCAGUUAUAAACAACAUAGCAGAAGCAUUGGAAUUAAAAGAAUGGACAUGCAACAAACAAAGUUUCGAUAAGAUAGCCCAAAACUACUUUGGUGUAAUUAUUCCAAUAUAUUUAAGUGGCCAACGUGAUAAUAAAACUGUAAAUAUUCCGAUAGUUCUAAAAUUAGCACCAACAGAUGAAAGGUAUCGCGUCAGUGGGGCAGUGGGAAUAUUUUUUGCGAAAGAAGUAUUCGUUUAUAGGAAAGUUCUACACAGAUAUGGAGAAAUACAGAAGAAUUAUCCUCUGAUCCAAUUUGUUAUGCCGGAAUGCUACUAUUUUCGCGACGAUCACUGUCAUGAACUAAUAGCAAUGCAGAAUAUGUGCGAAAGGGGUUUUAAGCCAUUCGUUAGUAGCAAUUUUUUAGAUAUAAAUCAUAUUGUCGUUGCUUUAGAAUCAUUAGCAAGGUUUCACGCCUUAUCAUAUAUUUUUGAAAAAACAAAUGCAUUACUUUAUAAAGAAGCCAAAGAAUAUUGUGUGCCAAUAACUGAGAAAAAUAAUAAACGAUUCAUAGAUAUUUUAGUAGACAGACUUAAGAAAGCUAUAGUGAAAUUUGAUAAUACUAAAUAUGUAACUUUAUUAAAAAAUCUGGAACAUGAAUGUGUUAAUAUAAUUGAGUCUGUUAAUAGAAAUGUAAAAAGCCUAUGCCUUUGUCAUGGGGAUAUAUGGAAGGAGAAUAUACUUUUCAAAUAUGAGGACAAUUUGCCUACUUCAGCCUGUAUAAUAGACUAUCAAACAACAAGAAUUGGCAGCCCUGCUUUUGAUGUAUUGUUUCUAAUUAUAACCAGCACUACUUCAUGUCUUAGAAAAAAGCAUUUUAAACAUUUAUUGGAUGUAUAUUAUGAAACAUUUCAACUAACUUUAAAAUAUGCCAAUAUGAACUCUGAAGAAAUAUAUUCUAGAGAAAUGUUGGACUAUGAUUUGGGUAUAGUUGGUCCAUCGUGUUUUAUAGUUGCAAAUACAGCUAUGUGGCUUGCAAGUGGACUACAAGAAGAAGGUCAUGUGAGAAGCAAAAUAGUUCUCAAUACUGAUGCAGAGAGAACAGAAGCUGUUAUUAAGUACAAAAAUAUUAUAAGUGGAAUAAUAGAUGACUUGUCAGAUAAUAAUUAUAUACAUUCAGUGUUUUUAUGAU